GCCGGAGGCGGGAAGCACUGGAUGUGGCCGCUGAUUGGGUGGCUGGGACGCAGCUUGAUGGCGUCGGGCUGGCGAACAGCGAUCCUGGUGGUGGCCCCCGGGCGAAGGCCGUGGGUGUGAUGGGGCCGGAGUCUGGAGGGUGCUGUGGCCUUGGGGAGUGGAAAGUCGAGGCACGCGCUCUUUCUACAUUUCGCCAUGAGUUUCCUGAUAGACUCCAGCAUCAUGAUUACCUCCCAGAUACUCUUCUUUGGAUUUGGGUGGCUUUUCUUCAUGCGCCAACUGUUUAAGGAUUAUGAGGUACGUCAGUAUGUUGUACAGGUGAUCUUCUCAGUGACUUUUGCGUUUUCUUGCACCAUGUUUGAACUCAUCAUCUUCGAAAUCUUAGGCGUAUUGAAUAGCAGCUCCCGUUAUUUUCACUGGAAAAUGAACCUGUGUGUAAUUCUGCUGAUCCUGGUCUUUAUGGUGCCUUUUUACAUUGGCUACUUUAUUGUGAGCAACAUCCGACUGCUGCAUAAACAGCGACUGCUUUUCUCCUGUCUCUUAUGGUUGACUUUUAUGUAUUUCUUCUGGAAACUAGGAGAUCCAUUUCCCAUUCUCAGCCCAAAACACGGGAUCUUGUCCAUAGAACAGCUCAUCAGCCGGGUAGGUGUGAUUGGGGUGACUCUCAUGGCUCUUCUGUCUGGAUUUGGUGCUGUCAACUGCCCAUACACGUACAUGUCCUACUUCCUCAGGAAUGUAACUGACACAGAUAUUCUAGCCCUGGAACGGCGACUGCUCCAAACCAUGGAUAUGAUCAUAAGCAAAAAGAAAAGGAUGGCCAUGACACGCAGAACUAUGUUCCAGAAGGGGGAAGUGCAUAACAAACCAUCAGGAUUCUGGGGAAUGAUAAAGAGUGUUACCACUUCCGCACCAGGAAGCGAAAAUCUUACUCUUAUUCAACAGGAAGUGGAUGCUUUGGAAGAAUUAAGCCGGCAGCUUUUUCUGGAAACAGCUGAUCUGUAUGCCACCAAGGAGAGAAUAGAAUACUCCAAAACUUUCAAGGGGAAAUACUUUAAUUUUCUGGGUUACUUUUUCUCUAUUUACUGUGUUUGGAAAAUUUUCAUGGCAACCAUUAACAUCGUGUUUGACCGAGUUGGGAAAACUGAUCCUGUCACAAGAGGCAUUGAGAUCACUGUGAAUUACCUGGGCAUCCAAUUUGAUGUGAAGUUCUGGUCCCAACACAUUUCCUUCAUCUUGGUUGGAAUCAUCAUUGUCACAUCUAUCAGAGGGCUGCUAAUCACUCUUACCAAGUUCUUUUAUGCCAUCUCCAGCAGUAAGUCUUCCAAUGUCAUUGUCCUGCUCUUAGCACAGAUAAUGGGCAUGUACUUCGUGUCCUCGGUGCUGCUGAUCCGAAUGAGUAUGCCCCUGGAGUACCGCACCAUCAUCACCCAGGUCCUCGGGGAGCUGCAGUUCAGCUUCUAUCACCGGUGGUUCGACGUGAUCUUCCUGGUCAGUGCCCUCUCCAGCAUCCUCUUCCUCUAUCUGGCUCACAAACAGGCACCAGAGAAGCAUAUGACACCUUGAACACAGGCCUAGUACAGACUGCUAACAGGCCAGUGGUGCCAGCAUUUGGAUAGAAGAGGGAAAACAUGGAGGGGACCAGGGCCUGAUAUUUUUUAAACAAACGAAAUGCUGUGGUAGCAUCUUCUACCUCCAGGUCUGCCUUCCUCCUCCGUCAUGCGUAGCAUGGGCUAGAACAUGAGAGCAAGGGACCUGAAGCCAGCGCUCCGCCGACAGCACCCUGUAGGGUUUGAGGCAGGUGCAGCCUGCGGGGAGGUGAGGGGAAAAAGCCAAGAAACUAGGGGGGAAAUACACUGGAACUGGGGUGAGAGGAGUCUGAGGUAGCUGGGCCGAACAUGUAGGAUUCCUGUUUAAGUCAAGGUUCACGUGAGAAGGUUAUGGCUUCUCCUGGAGAUCGCCAGAUCGCCACUAAAAUCAGAGAUUGAGACACUCGGCCUUAGCUUCAUUGUAUCAAGGAUAACUUGUUACUAUGUUGCGUGACCUAACGUGAGUUGGCACUCCCCAACCCCUGCCCCAUUAAAAUAACCAAGAGGUUAUUGUUCUUUUCUGGGGAUGGGACAGGGUACAAUCUAGAUAUAGAUUCUGCUAGGGGAGAUUUCAAGUAUGCCAUGUUUCUUGACUUCCUUUUAACUUGGUAUAUUUAAGAGUGAAUUUACUCUGCAUUCAAUUCCGGGAUGUCUCGUUUUUCCUUUUCACCUGCCCCUUGUGCUGUGGGUAAAUCAAUGAAAAAAUGUUAACUGGAGUAACUCACUUUCCUAUCCUAGGACUCCAGUUCUUCAUCUAGAAAAGGAAGCUGUUGGAAAAUCUGUAGAACACUCAGAAAUGCAAUUUUUAAAAAUCCUGAAUUUUAUUCCCAGGAAGUCUCUGUUUAUUCCUAAGAUUUUAUUCUGAAGGUGAUUGUGUUUUGGUUUUUCUGGAAGCAAAACGAAAGUUAAAGCCUAAAAAGUUUACCCAAAACAAAAGCACUCUUAAGUUUAGAUCAGCUGAUGGGAGAUUCAAAGCAUACCCAGAAGGCAUUGUGAAGGGCAUUUAUUUUAGCAACCACAACAUUCUUUACAAAGCGUCAUUUUAAUGGGCUUCUCUCGCAGAUACUUUAGUUAGCUCUUACAUAUACAGAUUUAUGAAUCAGCCUUGGUGCUCAAGGGGCCUAUUGAAGUAAGAGAUAUCAUCGUACAGAGAAAUGCAAUUAAGUGGAAGCCUGAAAGAGCUCCCACAAAAAGAAUCUGGCUCUCGCCUUCACUUUUCCUCAGUUAACCAUAAAUAUGCCUUCGGCAGUAGCUGCCUCUGAGACAAAUGACAACAGGAAACAAUCACACGAUGAGCUGGGUUCCGGAGGAGUUCUUUUCUAACUGAGACAGCAAACAGGUGGCAGCUCAUGCCUUGGGAAUGGCUCCCUAUUAAAUACCCAGAAACAGCCACCAGCCAAAGCCACGAUUUGUCCUCCUCACAUCUCUGUAUCUUCAGAAUUGGAAGAAGAAUGAGAGGCUGUACUGUGGGCCUGUGCAAAAGAAUAGAAAGCGUCUAUAAAUA